AUGGCGAAAACAAGAACAAUUCAAGAAGCGAUGAAGAUUAUGACUGGUCCCGGAAUGUAAGCACCACGCUUGCUACGACUGCUCUCCGCAAAGCGACUCCCCUCCAGGAGCUUCGCUCCCCACAUCGAAAGGCGGUCGAGUGCAGCGUCGUCUCUAAGAAUGAGCUGACCACCCGUCACCUCUUGUGUCGAUUCAGGCCAUGGGAAACUGAAGAAAAGACCGUUAAGGGUCGAACCUACCGAGUGUACAAGCAAUUGCCCAGCUCCAUGCGCGAGUUCUGGCUAGCGACCAAAGUAUGUCUCGCCGUCCCUGUGUGACCUCCGUACCGCGCGGUAGUUCGCUGACACCCAUUCGGAUGGCCUUUCCCAACAGACCCCUUUUGGUUCACGCAAAUACAUCGUGUACGAUAACGAGUCGUACACUUACGCCGAGGCGCACACUCGCGUCGCGGCGCUCGCGGCGCUGUUCCACUCGCGCGGCGUUCGAAAGGGGGACCGCGUCGCGAUCUGCGCUCGCAACUUGCCCGAAUUCAUCUUCUCCUUCUGGGCCGCGGCCUCCAUCGGUGCCAUCAUCUCGGCGGUCAACGCGUGGGGGACGUUGGACGUGCUGAUGCACUGUUUCCAGAUGGUCGAGUGCAGAUUGCUCGUGCUUGAUCAAGAGAGGGCCACUCUCUUGGCUGAGCAACAGGAAGAAUUGGCUCGGUUAGGUUGUUCGACCAUCUUGGUGGCUCGACCGAGCAGGAGCUUACCCAAAGGAAUGGAUUCGAUGGAUCAAGCCCUCGCUGGAUGUUCGGACAAGCAGAUGCCCAACGUUUCGAUCGCACCCGAAGACAACGCGACCAUCUACUUUACGUCGGGUACGACCUCGAAACCCAAGGGGGUUCUCGCAACGAAUCGACAAUUUCUCUCGAACCGACUCAACACCAGUGUCGCCGGUGCUCGAGCGACGCUCAUGAAGGGCCUCAGUCUCCCCGUCCCCGAUCCCAACGUUCAGAAAGCCGUCCUGCUCUCGGUCCCCUUGUUCCACGUCAUUGGCGCGCAUUCGUUCCUGUCGCUCAUGACCGCAAUGGGAGGCAAGGUCGUCAUGAUGCACAAGUACAGUGCCGAAAAGGCGUCCGAGUUGAUCGUUCGUGAACGCGUGACCCUCGCCGGUGGAGUUCCUCACAUGGUCCUCGAGAUUGUCGACCGUCUUUCGAAACAGAGCCACGCCCUCGAAGCCCUCAGUUUCGGUGGGGGGCCCGCGAGCUCGAGGUUGCCCGAGAUGGUCAAGAAAUCGAUCGGUGAAGUUCCGGCGGGUCAAGGGUUCGGAUUGACGGAAACGAAUUCGGUCGCCACUUCUGUCGCGGGGGAAGAAUACGUGAAACGACCAACGUCAUGUGGUCUACCGACUCCGGUGACGAGGUUGAAGAUUAUUGACCCUGCGACGUACGAGGAAUUGCCGACCGGCAAGACGGGUGAGAUUUGCAUCCAUGGACCGAAUAUCGCCGAAGGGUAUUAUAGAAAUGAGAAGGCGACCAAGGAGGCGUUUACGGAGGAUGGGUGGUUCAAAAGUGGGGAUAUGGGGCAUGUCGAUGAGGAAGGGUUUUUGUACAUUUCGGACCGGGCCAAGGACAUUGUGAGUCCCCGCGAGAGAGGGAAGCGAUCUCUCAAGUGCCGAUGUGAUGGCUGACCGCUGUGGCCUCGCGACAGAUUAUCCGAGGAGGAGAAAACAUCGCCUCGAUCCACGUUGAGAAUGCGCUCUAUUCCGACGAUCGAGUCAAGGAUGCUGCAGUCGUUGCAGUCCCACACGAGAAACUCGGCGAAGCCGUCGCGGCCGUUGUCGUCCUGCACUUCAAACACCGAGGUCAGGUCGACGAAGCCGCACUAAGAAAAGUCGUCGGCGCAAAAUUGCCUAAGCAUUGCGUACCGGAGAUGAUUCUGUUUUGGGAGGACAUGCCGAGAAACGCGACGGGCAAAACGCUCAAGACGGAGUUGAAACCCAAGCUGAAGGUCGAGUGGGAGAAGCGACAGGCCAAGGGACAAAUGGCCAAAUUGUAG